AUGGAUCCAUCUGUUGGUAUUGAUAGUCUUGUAAAGCCAACAAUUGAUUUGGCACGAAUCACUGUGAUCUCAAGUAAUCCUCCUCAAAGACAUAUUGAAUAUUUACCUUAUCCAGAUGAGAAAUUUAUUGAAGAAUCUCUACAACUCUAUUCAAAUGAAAAACGUCCACUGGAAGAAGUCUAUCUGAGAUAUAAUAAAACAUUUAUUGAUGGAUUAUCAGUUGAAAUUGUUAGCAUAACUGCAGUAAGAGAUUAUAAUCCUGUUACAGAGUUUCUUCAUCCAUAUCUGUAUACAGUAACAGUUCGUCAUGGUUCUGCAUUUGAAUGGACCAUACAUAAACGUUAUAAACAUUUUCAUGAUCUUCACAAAGCUCUUGUUCAUUAUGUUGAAUGUGCAACAGGACGAUCUAUAAGUAGCUUAAACAAUGAUUUAUCAGGAAAAGAAACGAAUAAUGAUCAAAGUUUUUCAUUAAAUAAAAAACAAGAAGAACAACCAUGUUUUCCAACUCGUAAUGAUCGAGUUUCUUUUAUAAAUCAAUUUACAAUUGAAGAUCGAUGUAAAACAUUACAAAAUUAUUUGAAUACAGUAUUAAAACAUCCAAAAUUUCGUGAACAUAUAGCUACGAAAGAAUUUCUUGAAGUAAGUUCAUCAUCAUUUGUGCAAGGUUUGGGUAAUAGUGCAAAAGAAGGUGCUAUUGCAAAACGUUCAAUUGAUGAUAUCCGUGGUCGUUCAAUAUUUCUUCGAGUUCCAUUUAUAUGUGAUAAACUUCGAUGUCAUCAUGCAGAAAAAUGGUUUGUUCUUAAAGACUCAUAUCUUGUUUAUAUGGAUUCGGAUUCAGCUUUAAUUGGAUUUCCAAUGCUUAUUGAUAAAGCCUUUUCUAUUAAACACGAUUAUCGAAAAACUUCAACUAAUAAUGGGAUUAAAAUUAAAAAUUUACAACGUUCAAUACUUAAUAAAUUUGAAAAAAAAGAUGACCGAGAUACUUGGUUUGGUUGUUUUAUAAAUGUUAAAAGUAAAUCUCUUUUUGCUGAACAAAAUUCUUUUCUCUCAUAUGCACCAAGAAGACAACAGCAAUAUGCUCAUUGGUUUAUAAAUGGUCAAUCGUAUAUGGAAGCAGUAGCUAAAGCUAUAUUAGCAGCACGAGAAGAAAUAUUUAUUACUGCUUGGUUUCUUUCACCUGAAGUAAUGCUUAUUCGUCCUUGUGAUGAUGAUUCAAUGCGACUUGUUGAUCUACUUAAUAAACGAGCUGAAGAAGGAAUUCGUGUUUAUGUGUUACUAUUUAAAGAUCCACCACUUGUUGGUUUAAAUAGUCGGUAUGCAAGAUUAAAAUUAAUGGCUAAAAGUCCAACUAAAAAAAAUAUAAAAGUGAUUCGACAUCCUAAUCAUAUUGUUAUACCAGGAACUGAAUCAUCAUUCUUAUUUUCUCAUCAUGAAAAAGCUGUUGUUAUUGAUCAACGUAUUGCCUUUAUUGGAGGAAUUGAUCUUUGUUGGGGACGAUGGGAUACAGAUGAACAUAGAUUAAUACGGGAUGGUAUAUCUAAUCCGGAAGAGUAUAUAACAUUUUAUGGAAUGCGUAAUUGGGAUAUAUUAAUGGGUAAAUUAGUAACAGAAAUUAUUUAUGUUCAUUCAAAAUUAAUGAUUGUUGAUGAUCGAAUGUCUAUUUGUGGAUCAGCAAAUAUAAAUGAUCGUUCUCUUCAGGGUUCUCGAGAUUCAGAAUUUUGUUUAUUUGUUAAUGAUACUGAAAUGAUUGAUUCACAAUUAAAUGGUCAAAAACAACAAGUUGGACUUUUUUCUUCAACAUGGAGAAAGAAAUUAUUCAGACAAAUGUUGGGUAUUAAAAAUGAAGAAGAAAUGAGUGUUGAUGAUCCAUGUUCAGAUGAAUUUUAUGAAUAUUUUCGUCGAACAGCAAAAAUGAAUGCACAAAUUUAUGAAGAAGUUUUUAAUACAUUACCUACUAAUCGUGUUAAAAAUUUUGUUGAAGUUGAAGAUUAUGUUCAACAAGUUAAAUUGAGAGACAUAGAUCCAUUAACUGCACAUGAAAAAUGUAAACAAAUUAAAGGUUUUAUUGUUGAAUUUCCAUUAGAAUUUUUUGCCAAUGAUUUUAUCAUGCCUAGAUGGACAACAUCAGAAGGUCUAAUUUAG